UUCCGAUGGAGAUGAAGUAGCAGCGGCAGUCGAUCAACAGAGAAACAACAUCGUCUGUACCGCGGAUCCGGAGGUUUUCUUCAGGGGGGACAGGUGAUAGAGCAAACCGACCAAGAUCGACCCUGAACGUCCAUCGGUGGAAAUUACUGCCGUUUCACCCCCCACCCCCCCUCUCACCAGCACACCCUCCGAUUGCCACAGUACAUGCAUUUCGAUACUACAUGCAUUUCAAUCUGAUCCUCUAAGCCCAGUCCAUCAAGAUGGAAAAUGCGCACACUAAAUCGGCGACUGAAGUUUUAGACAACUUCGGUGUGAACGAGAACACUGGGCUGACUCUGGAACAAGUCAAAGUCAAUUUCGAGAGAUAUGGACCGAACGAGCUCCCGGCUGAAGAAGGCAAGUCCCUGUGGGAGCUGGUGGUGGAGCAGUUUGAAGACCUCCUGGUCAGGAUCCUGCUGCUAGCUGCCUGCGUCUCCUUUGUGUUGGCGCUGUUUGAAGAGGGAGAGGAGACAACCACCGCCUUUGUGGAGCCUAUUGUUAUUCUUCUUAUCCUCAUUGCCAACGCUGUUAUCGGGGUCUGGCAGGAGCGCAAUGCAGAGAAUGCGAUUGAGGCCCUGAAAGAGUAUGAACCAGAGAUGGGAAAGGUGUACCGCAUGAACCGCAAGGCUGUCCAGAGGAUCAAAGCCAGAGACAUCGUCCCAGGAGACAUAGUGGAAGUGGCAGUUGGUGACAAGGUGCCUGCUGACAUCAGAGUGACUUCGAUAAAGUCCACCACCCUGCGAGUGGACCAGUCCAUCCUCACAGGAGAGUCUGUGUCCGUCAUCAAACACACUGACCCUGUUCCUGACCCCAGAGCUGUCAACCAGGACAAAAAGAACAUGCUGUUUUCUGGCACCAACAUUGCUGCAGGCCGUGCCAUAGGUGUCGUCGUAGCUACUGGUGUUUCCACAGAGAUCGGUAAGAUCCGUAACCAGAUGGCAUCUACAGAGCAAGAGAAGACGCCGCUGCAGCAGAAACUGGAUGAGUUCGGACAGCAGCUCUCCAAGGUCAUAUCCCUGAUCUGCGUAGCAGUGUGGGUUAUCAACAUUGGUCACUUCGGAGACCCCGUCCACGGUGGCUCCUGGGUCAGAGGGGCUAUCUACUACUUUAAGAUCGCUGUGGCCCUGGCUGUGGCUGCUAUCCCCGAGGGCCUGCCUGCUGUCAUCACCACCUGCCUGGCCCUCGGCACGCGUCGCAUGGCCAAGAAGAACGCCAUCGUUCGCAGCCUCCCUUCUGUGGAGACGCUGGGCUGUACCUCUGUUAUCUGCUCUGACAAGACGGGCACCCUCACCACCAACCAGAUGUCUGUUUGCAGAAUGUUCAUCGCAGACAAGGUGGAAGAUUCAAACUGCACCCUGCAUGAGUUCUCUAUAACUGGUUCUACGUAUGCCCCUGAGGGACAAAUACUGAAAGGAGACAGGCCCAUCCAGUGUGGAGACUUUGAUGGACUUUUGGAGUUGGCUACUGUGUGCUCUAUGUGCAAUGACUCUUCGCUGGACUACAAUGAGGCCAAAGGGGUUUAUGAGAAGGUGGGUGAAGCCACAGAGACCGCUCUCACCACCUUGGUGGAGAAGAUGAACGUCUUUAAGACUGACCUGUCUGGACUCAGCAAGGUGGAACGUGCCGGGGCCUGCAACUCGGUGAUCAGGCAGCUGAUGAAGAAGGAGUUCACCCUGGAGUUUUCUCGUGACCGCAAGUCCAUGUCAGUCUACUGCACCCCCGUCAAGCCGGGCUCCCAGAGCAAGAUGUUCAUCAAGGGUGCUCCAGAGAGUGUGAUUGAGCGGUGCCAGUACCUGCGGGUGGGAACAGCGAAGGUGACACUGACACCGGCCCUGCGUGACCAGCUGAUGUCUAAAAUUAGGGACUGGGGGACUGGCAGGGACACCCUGCGCUGCCUGGCUCUGGCCACUCAUGACACCCCACCACGCAAAGAAGACAUGGACUUGGAGAAUUCCAGCAAGUUUGCACAGUAUGAGUUGGGUCUUACGUUUGUUGGCUGUGUGGGGAUGCUGGACCCGCCCAGGAAGGAGGUGAUCGGUUCAGUGAAACUGUGCAACGAGGCAGGUAUUCGCGUUAUCAUGAUAACAGGAGACAACAAGGGCACGGCUGUGGCCAUCUGCAGACGAAUUGGCAUCUUCGGGGAGGACGAGGACGUGACAGGAAAGGCCUACACGGGCCGCGAGUUUGAUGAUCUCCCAUCGGAUGAGCAGAGAGAGGCCGUCAAACGGGCGCGGUGCUUUGCCCGUGUCGAACCAGCACACAAGUCUAAGAUUGUGGGAUACCUGCAGUCGUUCGAUGAGAUUACCGCCAUGACAGGAGAUGGUGUGAAUGAUGCCCCAGCCCUGAAGAAAGCAGAGAUCGGCAUUGCUAUGGGCUCUGGAACUGCAGUGGCCAAGUCAGCCUCUGAGAUGGUUCUGUCUGAUGAUAACUUCUCCACCAUCGUGGCCGCCGUGGAGGAGGGCAGAGCCAUCUAUAACAACAUGAAGCAGUUCAUCAGAUACCUCAUCUCCUCUAACGUGGGAGAAGUCGUCUGCAUCUUCCUGACAGCCAUCUUGGGUCUCCCUGAGGCUUUGAUUCCAGUGCAGCUGCUGUGGGUUAAUCUGGUGACCGAUGGCCUGCCAGCCACCGCCCUGGGCUUUAACCCGCCAGACCUGGACAUCAUGGACAAACCUCCCCGCAACCCAAAGGAGCCUCUCAUCUCUGGCUGGCUCUUCUUCAGAUACCUGGCCAUUGGAGGAUAUGUGGGUCUUGGAACGGUGAGCGCUGCCACAUGGUGGUACCUGUUUGAUGAAGAUGGCCCACAAGUGUCUUUCUAUCAGCUGAGACAUUUCAUGCAGUGUACUGAGGAGAACCCCAUGUUCCAAGGAAUAGACUGUGAGGUGUUUGAAUCCCGCUACCCCACAACCAUGGCCCUGUCUGUGCUGGUCACUAUCGAAAUGUUCAACGCACUCAACAGUUUGUCUGAGAACCAGUCCCUGGUCAGGAUGCCUCCCUGGGUCAAUAUCUGGCUGCUGGGAGCCAUCAUCCUCUCCCUCUCCCUCCACUUCUUAAUCCUCUACGUUGAGCCUCUGCCGUUAAUCUUCCAGGUGACCCCUCUGCACUGGUCCCAGUGGAUUGUGGUCUUGAAGAUUUCCAUCCCAGUCAUCCUCCUGGAUGAGGCACUGAAAUAUAUCUCCAGGAACCAUCUAGAAGGUGAUGAGGAGAAGAAAUAUCGGAGGAGAUGGCAGCUGAACUAAGACCUCUCCCUCAACACACUCACACAGUUAGACACACACCUACCCUCUUCUCUUCAUGAGCUAGGAACCUUUUCUCUCCCCCCUGUCCUCAUUCCCCACUCCUGCAUGUCCAACAAACCACCACUAGAAAUGAGCAGGGCUUGCAUGAGAAUGAGUGUGCAAGAAAGACAGCAUGUGUGUUCCUGCGAGCAUGGCUUUGUACGAGUGUGUGAGUAGAUGAACGCUGUGUGUGUGUGUGUGUGCGUGCGUGCGUGCGUACAGGCAGAUGCAGGCCUGUCUUCAUAGUUGCGAGAGCGAGAAACAACUGCAGGAAAAAAAAGAUAAAACUGCCCAGGGCUCUGCUUUUUAAAGAUAUCUGCUCAUUGUUUUUUGUUUUUUUUUUUCGACUGUACAGUACAAACAUAGUGGUGCAGUAACUGGACUUUGGGGAGGGAAGGAGAGGGAGGACAGGGGAAUGCAGGUUGAUAAUACUGGGUGGGAGGGGAGGGGGGGUGGGGUUGAAAUUAGCACAGAGGCCGGAAGAGAGAUGGAGAGGUGAAGCCUGCCGUGGAGAAGAGACUGGUGUACACACUGGCAAAAGAAGAGCAUCAGAAAGCACGUGGUAGAAGAAAAGAGCCGGCUCUCGAGGCGGUGCUUGUGUGUGUGUGUGUGUUAGACCAGUGCAGAGAACUGUUGUACCUGUGUGUGUGUCAACAAAAGCAUUAUCUCAAGGUACUUCCCAGGCUUCUGCCGCCCACACUACUGGCAGUGAGUUCCAGCCAGCUCUGCAGGAGCACGGCCUCAUCAGCACAACACAGUCACAUCUGUGGCCCGUUUGUUACAGAGCUGCUCCUUCAUCGCUCUUUGUCUUUGCUCCAACCACAUACACAAACUCCUGUUGAUCAUAUUUUAAGCAGAAUCACUCUCCUUUUGCCUGUCUUGCUCUCUCUCUCUCUUUCUCCGUCUCUCUUUCUCGCUCUCUGUGGAGGAGGCAGCUGUGGGGCCCCUGGUUCGCGACGUUAUCGGGCUCUUGAGUUGGGGUGUGGAGGUGUCGCUCCACCUAAAGGUGUGAAUAGCUUUACGCUGCUUGGCCGCUUCCUUCAGCUCUUAAUUCGAGGAGCUGGGGUCAGCUCACAGACUUGGCAAAAAUGAAAACAUAGAAAAGAAAUAAAAAUGUCAAACAGCAACCAAACCAGCAUAUUAGCAGUGUAGUUGUCAGCCAGUCCACCCAGCUGGUCCUGUUUAGCCUCACUUUAAUGUCCAUCUGCCGUGCUGACAUUGGACUUUUAGCUGUCAAAUCUUUAAAUCAAAGGUAGAUCUGAACGAGAGGAUGAUGCUCCUGUACAUUUUGUGCAGGAUAACCAUCUUGGAGCGUCAUGCUGUUCAUCUACCUUUGAUUUAUCUGGUUAUUUCUAACCCUGCACCAGUGCUUAGAUGUGUGUGCAUAUACGUAGCCUUACUUGAAUACGUUUUUUCUAAUUUGAAUUGAUAGGCUUUCGGUCAGUGAAUCGCACAGAAGAUGUAGUUAAAGUAAGUUAAGGAAUGGCAAGUAAACUGCUUGAUUGUCACGCUUGGUCAUGAAUCAUUUAUAUAUUAGACACCUUUAACAUACAAGCCUUAUACAGCCCACUGCACCUCCACAUUGAAUAUGUGGUCCAAAUGAAUGUGUUUCUGCAAACCUUUAAAUACCUUUUUACCCACCACCACCAUUCACACUGACAUGUGCCCUAACAGUGACAACAGUGAUAACAGAUCACUUGAGGUCUGACAGAGUCUGAUUGUCCACCUGGUCUGAGGCAUGUUUAAUAGGAAACCCUUUUUGUUGUGCUUUGUGCGCUGCUCCCUCAGCUCCUCCUGCUCUUUCAGUGCUUUAGCGACUCACUUGGGUAUUGUUUUAUAAUGACUAAAUAAUAAUGUAUUUGACUGAAUGAACCCAUAGGGGGGUGUGGAUUGUGUCUUUAAGUCUUAAUUAUGGGUUUUUGUGUUGGGCCCUGGUGCUCUGUGGACUGGAUCAGGGGUGCUUUUGGUCUACACAUAGGAAAGAGUGUGCACAUUAAAAAAAAAAAAAAAAAGUACUUUGCAAAGGUCCUGGAACAAACAUAAGGACAGGAUCUCCACACUGUAUCAGCUGCUUCCAGUGAAUUUAAUAAAGGUGAAGGUGUCAGGUUCUCAAAUGUGACAAUUAACUACUAACAUGAUGGUAAAUUGAAUGUUUUGGGGUUUUUGAAAGUUGGUCAGACAAAAGAAGAUGUAUAGAGAUGUCACCUUGUGCUAAAAGAUAUUGUAAUUGGCAUUUUUUACAGUUUUCUGUUUUAUAGACAGAAUGAUUGAUUGAUGAUAGAAAAUAAAAGAUUUCUUUUUAAUGAAUUGAACUAGGAGUUAUUGGCACAGUGUGUAGAUCUUUAUCCUUUUCCCUACCCUUUCUUGCUUCCAGAGCUUAUUUCAACCAGCAGGACUGAUUUCUGCAGUGCGACAUAGAGCAUGGUGUAGAAUCUAGGGCAAAUCCAUCCUUAAAAUCUUCAUCAUUGGCGACUGGCCUGCGGUACUGUAUGUUGUUGCACUCAUCUAUUUUGUUGCUUGGUGAGGGGUUUUUUUUUCAUACCCCAGAGGAGAACUAGCCAAACUUAGAUAGCAUGACAUCACUGAGUCCAUAUUUCCAUCCCACAUGCUCUCUGGGGUCAUUCUUUGAAAUGUACUGUAGGAAAUCGCUCACUUGAGUAGAAGAUGAUGAGGAUAAUUAAGGGGAAGUGCUCUAGAAAAAUUAAUAACAACGCGUCAUCUGAAAUAAAUAAUCUGAUACUGAAAUGCUUUCAACAUCACAGAUGGCCUGUAAUCGUGAUUUAAGGCUGGACUGUUCCUUUAGUUUUAUGCCAGAAGCUGGAUUUUCAUUAUUGACAUAAACAGCCUUUAUGUUCAGUGAUUUCUUCAGCUCUUUAUUUUUCUUUAGUCUUUUUUUUUCACCACCAUGAUAAUGUGGCACCUCUGUCCAGACCAGCAGACCACCUGUCCCUGUCCCAGGUCUCCAUGGCUCUGUAACAUGCUGGCACUCUGGCCACCCGGGCACUAUAGGUCUGUAUAGCCUUGUUAUUUACUACUGAAUCCUCAACUCUGUACAGAAGAGGAGAAUAUGAUCGCACGGACCCUUGUUACUGUAAUAAUAACCUAUACAGUAUAUAAUAUUUAAUUUUUGAUAACUUACAUCAAUGAAAUCUACUUACCAACAACAGAAUUGCUUAAAAAAACUUUUUUUUUUAUUAUUUUUCUUUUGAGCACUUUUUUUUUUGUAGAAUAGAAAGGUUGUUUCUUCAUUGUUCCCGUUUGUUUGGUUUUUACAGUUACUGGGGUUUUGUGUCUCUUACUGUAGGGAAAAGAAUAUGACGUUAUCACGUUAAAGGUAGACAAGAAUCAUGCUUACGCUAAUUAAAGAUGAUGACGCUGAUCAUUUCAGUGAUAGUUAUCCAGUGUGAGAAUGUUCAAGAAUUUGUGAAUGAACUGUGUCUGGUUUACACUGAGCGAUAAGCAGUGAUGAAUCCUGGCUUAUGAAGUUUUAUGACUGUACAUUGAAGGGCUUGGUGUGGAUGCAGGCUCUAGAGACCCAUGACAAUCCAGCAUGGUUCUCAAAGUCCUCUACAUCCAUAAGAGAAUAACCUCCCUUACUAACAGUGAAGGAGGGCUCAGUUUCACUUCAAUAACAUUUGACCAGUGGUUCCCUUUUUCUUUGUCUGUAUAGACAAGUAAACAGUCUCUAGAGCCUGAGUUUCACCUCUGAGAAAUUAAAAGGAUUCUCUGUAUUGCCUUGUUAAUAUUAAUUGUGGACACAUAAUUUUAUAAAUGACAAAGACGUGGAAAUAAAGAUUAUUUAUCUUGUUA